GCUGCCGAGGCCCCGCCCCCUGGCUCGACGUACUGAACAGUAUCAGCGUGGGAUCAAAACUUCGUGUAUUUCGUGAUUUUUUUUUUCUUAUUUUGAUGUUGGUUAAUUGGAGUGACAUUAAUUCAUACACACAUUUUCCAUUAUAACGCCUAAUACAUGCCAUACAAUUAUGACUCGAGAGGAGGACCUAGUUCGGAUUGCUAAAAAACUGGACAAGAUGGUGUCUAGAAAUAACACGGACGGAGCCUUGGACCUGCUGAAAGAACUGCAGAGCUUCAACAUGACCCUAAAACUUUUGCAGGACACACGGAUUGGCAUGUCUGUGAAUGGAAUCAGGAAGCAAUGUACUGAUGAGGAAGUUGUUGCACUUUCAAAGAUCCUCAUUAAGAACUGGAAAAGGCUUCUAGAAUCUGCUCAGAAUGAAAAGGCCGAAAAGUCAGAUGAAAUAAAAAAUGGAACAGAGGCCGGCAAACCACCAGGGAGCCUCAAGAGGACCGCAUCAGAGGAUGAGCCCAGAAAGAACGUGUUGAAAAAUGGCGCUCUCAACUCCACCGCUAACUCCUCCUCACGUCCUCCUCCACCCCAAAACAGACGUCUAGAGAUGAUGAGAGAGAGCAAAACACUCAUGGAUGAACUGUUUCCACCGCCACCUCCCAUUCAUAUUCCAAGACGGCCGUGUGUAGAGGCCAGGAGAGAAAGGAAAAAUCUGACUGAGACCACAUCCAUUACACCAAAUCAUCUGCACCCUCCAAGGAGAGCGUCUGUAGAUAUUAAGAAGGACAGACAUGUCAAUGGAAAAGGCCAAGAGCCAAAGCCUCACCCUCCUCCUCCUCCUGCUCAUUCCCCCCAUCUUCCUCCUGCCCGGCGUCCAUCUGUGGAAGUGAAGAAGGAGAGGUCAGACAGACAGACUGUGUCCAUUCAUUCUCCGGCGUCAUUCAGGCGCCCUGCAGCUGAGAUGAAGAAGGAAAGAAAAGAACCACCGGAUCCCAAUGCACCUUUCGCCCCUCUCCCCUUCCAUCUCCACCCCCCACCAGUGAAGAAGGACAGAAAAGAACCUCCGGACCCCAACGCACCCCUGGCACCCUUACCCCUCCACCGUCAUCCUCCUCCGUUGAAGAAAGAGAGAAAAGAACCCGACCCACACACUCCUCUUCCUCAUCUUCCUCUUCGUCUUCACCCCCCAGCUAUGAAGCACCCAGUGGAGGAAAUUAAGAAGGACAGAAAGGACUCAACAGACUCCAAGCAUAAUACACAGAAACAGUCGUCUGGGCACUCGAAGAAAGAGAGAAAAGACUCAGGGGACAGUAAACCUCCCAAAAAGCCGUCAGUGGAGAUCAGAAAAGACAGGAAAGACUCAACAGAUUCCAAACAGCAGUCUUCUAAAAGACCAAGCCUGGAUGGAAAGAAAGAAAGGAAGGAGUCUUCUGAAGCUAAGUUAGGUCAUCAUGUGAAACGACAGCUGAGUGACUCUAAACCUGAGAGGAGAGACUCUACCAGCUCGAAGUCUGCAAGCUCACUGCCAGCUAAGAAGCUCAAAGGGGAGAGAGAGUCACAUGGCUCCAAGUUGGCUCAUCCUGGACCCCUCCAGAGGAAAGCUUCUACUGAUAGCCUGGAUGGGCGCAAGGGGAAACUGGACACCCCUAAAACUCCGACAACGCCCACCAGCCCCAUGUCCCCGUACUUCAAUUCCCCAGGGGGUCCACUGUCUCCACGACUGCUCACAGGGGAAACGAUCCGGGACAAGUGUAUCGAGAUGCUGACAGCUGCCUUAGCUACAGACGAUGAUUAUAAAGACUAUGGAAUAAACUGUGAUGCCAUGGCAGCAGAAAUUGAAGACUAUAUCUAUAAGGAACUUAAGGUCACGGAUAUGAAGUAUAAGAACAGGGUGCGUAGCCGCAUCAGUAACCUGAAGGAUCCGAAGAAUCCCAACCUGCGCAAGAACGUCCUGGCAGGAUCCAUCGAUCUGAUUCGAUUCGCCACCAUGAGCGCAGAGGAGAUGGCCAGUGACGAUCUGAAGCAGCUGAGGCACACCCUGACCCAGGAUGCCAUCCGUGAGCACCAGUUGGCCAAGACCAUGGGCACCACCACCGACUUGCUCCAGUGCGGCAAGUGCAAAAAGAGGAACUGCAGCUACAACCAGGUUCAGACCCGCAGUGCUGAUGAGCCCAUGACCACCUUUGUGCUGUGCAAUGAGUGUGGAAACCGCUGGAAGUUUUGCUGAUGGCUGACAGGACAUCUUCCAAGACUGAACACAGCAGUCAAGCAGCUCUUUUUUUACAGAAGACAUGGGAUACAUAAAUCAGUUAUUUUUAAAAAUCUUUUCACAUACUGCUUGAAAUUUGUACAUGACCUUUUGAGAUUCUUGAUUUUUACAUACAGGGGAAGUUGGUGUAACUUUCCAAAUGACAGAGUUUGAUCAUUUAUCUGUUCUGAAAUGGGGUUGAUUGGGAGUGUAUUUUUAAAUGUCAUGAGGAUAAAAGAGAAACAAAUAUGGGGGAAAAUUGUUCAGUGAAAAACAGUUCAAGUGAAAACAGGUGGCCUAUAAUUGAAGUACUGUAUAUGAAACAAAAUAAAUUAGAUACUGUUGAAAAAGGAUGGGACACCCACCCAUGGAAGAAAAACUAAUUCUGGUUACCAUAGUAAAUGAGCCCAUUCAUCUAAACAGCUUAUGAUUUAUAAGAACACCUUCAUAUUUACACCCAUCAUUCUCCUAAUUUCAUCAACAAACAAGGAAAAGGUACAGAUCUGUCUUUGUCAUUCCAAACGAUAAGGCAAGGCAGGUCAGAGUAGACUCAGGGAUGUGGACAGAGCUGUAGAUUUUCUAGUCAUGAUUCUGUGUUGUCCUUACAUCUCGAGCGAGGAGGAGCGGUUGCAAUUUAGUUUUCGCUUAAGUUUAACUUGUCCCAUAUGCUCAUCUAAUUUCCAUCAAGACAAAACAUUUCCCCCCUUUGUCACCUGUCAAGGGUACACAGCAUUUGUGUUAUCUGUAAUUUUGAGAAAGCAUUUGCAUGUAACAUUUAGGAAACACCUCUAUCCAGUGCCAUUUAGAGCCUUGUAAAGUAUGAGGAUGUAUGGGCUUACUGGGAUUUAAAGCCAUGGCCUUAGCGCUGUUGUCCUCUAGCACAUCUGAGCCAUAGAGACAUAAGUAAUCAAACUCCAAAAAUUCAUCCUAAAGUUCUAGAACCAAUUUAAGCAAAUUGGUGACUAUGGUGACCAGGCUGUUUUCUCCAGCAAUGUCUUAGACCUCAGAACUUGGUGCUUAAUCAACCUUUUUUAUUUUUUAUUUAGUAGGGUCUUGCAGUAGAUCUUGCAAGUCAGAGCCAGCAUCCUAUAGGGAUCGAUCCAUAGAAAUACAUUUGUACACCUUUUUAACAUGUGUUGAUAGUGUUCUGAUUAUGAUUAGUUUGUAGCAUACAUGUUCUGCUGAUUCUUUGCAAUUUGAUUUUAUAUGACAUAUUUCAUACUUGUUUUGGAUAAGAACUAAUGCACAAUACCAUUAGUUUUAAUUUAAAAGUAUUAAGAGGAAACAUUGUUUUUUUGGGAUACAGUUCAGAUCAGUACAUGUAGGUAAUUGGCAGCUUUAUUAAAUACCUAAAGAUGAACCAGUCUGAAGGGAACAUAGAGUAGGCUUGCAGCGAAGUAGAAUAUUUUUUGGAGUGUUAAACAUAAGGUUAAAUUCAGAGGACUGACAACCAACAUUGUACACAUUUGUAUAUAUAUCACAUGACAAAUUAAAAUGAUUACCCUACAAA